CUCAAAUGAUUACUUAAUUUCUCCUCGAUUCAUCUCAUGUACAUAAAUAAAAUCCCUCCCUUUUUUUUAGUUUUGUAAAUAUAUAAUUGAAAUGACUGAAAACAAGCUCCAAACAUGGAGAUUUCUUCAUGUUUUGAUAUUGAUAUCUACUUUGUUGGGUCACGUUGUAUGUCAAGACGAUGAUGAAGAUGGCGCUAGUAAGUUUGGAAAUAGCUCGGCUGCUAAUCAAUUAUUCUCCCAAUACGCUUCCGAUCGCUUUUCUAAUCUUUCUUCUACCUUGAAGGACGAUAUAAAGGAAAAGUUUAGUUUUUGCAUUACGGAUGUGGAUGCAGAUUGGAACGAUGCAUUCAAUUUCUCAAAAAACCCCAAAUUCUUGGCCAAAUGUGUCCGAACAAAUAGAGACAUGAUGAAACGCAUAUGUACAGCAGCAGAAAUCAAAUUCUACUUUAGCAGAUUCCACCAGAGUGGAGGUGAAACAAAGAAGUCGGCUUUUUUGAAGCCUAAUAAGAACUGUAAUUUAACAUCUUGGGUUUCUGGGUGUGAGCCUGGAUGGGCUUGUAGUGCUGGUAAAAACCAGAAAGUUAAUCUAAGAGAUGCCUCUGUGAUGCCGUACAGAGUUCUGAACUGCUCAGCUUGUUGUGAAGGAUUCUUCUGCCCUCGUGGAAUCACUUGUAUGAUACCUUGUCCAUUGGGUGCUUACUGUCCACUUGCAAAACUCAACACGAGUACUGGCGUAUGUGACCCAUACAAUUAUCAACUACCUCCUGGUAAUCCGGAUCAUAAAUGCGGAGGAGCCGAUACUUGGGCAGAUGUUAUGAGUAGUGCUGACGUGUUCUGUUCAGGCGGAUCGUACUGUCCAUCUACCAUCGAAAAAGUUCCUUGCAGUAAAGGAUAUUACUGCAGGACAGGUUCUACAUCUCAACUAACAUGCUUCCAGUUUGCAACUUGUAAUCCAAAGUCGACAAAUCAAAAUAUCACUGCAUAUGGCAUCAUGCUUUUUGCUGGACUUGGAUUCCUAAUUGUCAUUAUAUACAACUGGUCUGAUCAAGUUAUUGCAACUCGAGAGAAGAAAAAAGAGCUAUCCAGGGAGAAGGCAGUUCAAAGUGUGAGAGAAACAGCUCAAGCACGUGAAAAAUGGACUUCGGCAAAAGAAAUUGCUAAGAAGCACGCUAUUGAGCUGCAUACAUCGUUGUCACGUACAUUUUCCAGAAAGAAAUCUCAAAAGCAACCAGCAAGUCAAGGUAAACCUGGAACAGAUGCUGGAUUAUCUACGAGUACAUCUCAGCAGUCAAAAAAGAAGGAAAAGGGUAAUCUCACAAAGAUAUUACAUGAAAUGGAAGAUAACCCUGAGAGUCAUGAAGGGUUUAAUAUAAAUAUUGGAGAUAAACAAUCAAAGAAGAACCCACCGAAGGGUAAAGAAUUGCAUACUCAGAGCCAAAUAUACAGGUAUGCUUAUGGUCAAAUUGAGAAGGAGAAAGCUCUCCAGGAGCAGCACAAACACUUGACCUUCUCUGGAGUGAUUUCAUUGGAUAAUGAGGUUGAUAGCAUUAUCAGAAAGAGGCUUACAAUUGAGGUUGCCUUCAAAGAUUUAACCAUAACUCUGAAAGGAAAAAACAAACAUUUGAUGAGGUGCGUAACAGGGAAGUUAUCUCCUGGUAGGGUUUCAGCUGUUAUGGGUCCAUCUGGGGCUGGAAAAACAACGUUUCUUUCAGCUGUAACUGGAAAAGCUCCAGGUUGUACCAUGACUGGUUCAGUUCAAAUAAAUGGGAAGGAAGGGUCAAUCCAAGCAUAUAAGAAAAUAAUUGGUUUUGUACCACAAGAUGAUAUUGUGCAUGGAAACUUGACAGUGGCGGAAAAUCUAUGGUUCAGUGCUAUAUGCAGACUUGCUGCUGACCUGCCUAAACCAGAGAAAGUUCUAGUUGUUGAAAGAGUCAUCGAGUCCUUGGGACUUCAGGCUGUGAGGGAUUCUCUAGUUGGGACAGUGGAGAAGAGGGGAAUCUCAGGGGGUCAAAAGAAACGAGUAAAUGUCGGGCUGGAAAUGGUUAUGGAACCUUCACUAUUGAUAUUAGAUGAACCAACUUCAGGUUUGGACAGUUCAUCUUCCCAAUUAUUACUUCGAGCUCUUCGGCGUGAAGCUCUUGAAGGAGUAAACAUUUGCAUGGUCGUUCACCAGCCAAGUUAUACCUUGUACAGGAUGUUUGAUGAUUUGAUACUUCUAGCAAAGGGAGGACUUACUGUAUAUCAUGGGCCAGUGAAGAAAGCCGAAGAGUAUUUUGCUGGCCUUGGAAUUAAUCUCCCUGAUCGUGCUAAUCCUCCAGAUUACUAUAUUGACAUUUUGGAGGGUAUAAUAAAACUAAACACAGACACAGGUUUGACGGUUAAACAGCUUCCAGUAAGAUGGAUGCUUCACAAUGGCUAUCCUGUUCCCAUGGAUAUGCUGAAUAGUAUGGAGGGAAUGUCAGCACAAUCUGGUGGGUCAGGGCAUGGAGACGAUAGUACUCACAGCACUGAAUUGACACCAAAUUCCUUUGCUGGCGAAUUGUGGCAGGAUGUGAAAUGUUCUGUUGAGAAAAAGAUGGACCACGUACAACAUAAUAUCCUCACAUCAGCUGACUUGUCACAAAGGAAAACGCCUGGUGUAUUCACGCAGUACAGAUACUAUCUUGGAAGGCUUGGAAAGCAACGGCUAAGAGACUUUAGGACACAAGUGGUAGAUUAUCUAAUUUUAUUGCUCGCUGGACUUUGCUUAGGAACACUAGCUGAAGUGAGUGAUGAGACAUUUGGUGCAAUGGGUUAUACAUACACAGUUAUUGGAGUUUCACUCCUAUGCAAGAUUGCAGCUUUGAGAACCUUUGGUUUGGAUAAGCUGCACUACCGGAGAGAACGUUCAUCUGGCAUGAGCAGCUUGGCUUACUUUCUAGCUAAGGAUACAACCGACCAUUUCAAUACAAUAAUCAAGCCUCUGGUGUAUCUCUCAAUGUUCUACUUCUUCAACAAUCCAAGAUCAACCAUCACCGAUAAUUACUUUGUUUUACUUUGUCUGGUAUACUGUGUAACCGGCAUAUCAUAUAUAUUCUCCAUCCUUUUUGAGCAAGGUCAAGCUCAACUGUGGUCAGUGCUUCUUCCAGUUGUUUUGACUCUGAUAGCAACUCAAGGCAAUGACGGCGAUGUUGUUAAUUUUAUUGGUGACUUCUGCUAUACCAAGUGGGCAUUGGAAGCCUUUGUGGUCUCGAAUGCUAAAAUGUAUUCCGGUGUAUGGCUGAUAACACGAUGUGGUUCGCUUCUUCAGAACGGAUACGAUCUAAAGAAUUUUCGUCCUUGUCUGAUCUACCUUGUUGCAACCGGUGUACUCAGCCGUAUUGUUGCUUUCAUUUGUAUGGUAACCUUCAAAAGAAGAUGAACUCAAUCAUCAACAUUUCUUACUGUAAUUAUCAUCAUUUCUUAGUUCAUACACGUACACAUAUUAUACAAAUAGGAAA